AUGGCUCCGGUUUCGGCGUUGGCCAAGUACAAGUUGGUGUUCUUAGGGGAUCAAUCCGUCGGCAAAACCAGUAUCAUCACUCGAUUUAUGUACGAUAAAUUCGAUAACACUUACCAGGCUACAAUUGGUAUUGAUUUUUUGUCAAAGACAAUGUACCUUGAAGAUCGAACUGUACGAUUGCAGCUCUGGGAUACUGCAGGACAAGAACGUUUCAGGAGUCUUAUUCCAAGUUAUAUUCGGGAUUCCUCAGUUGCAGUCAUCGUGUAUGAUGUUGCUAGCCGACAGUCCUUCCUGAACACUUCAAAAUGGAUUGAGGAGGUUCGCACUGAGAGGGGUAGUGACGUGAUCAUUGUUCUUGUUGGAAAUAAAACUGAUCUGGUUGACAAGAGGCAAGUAUCAAUAGAGGAAGGAGAAGCCAAAGCUCGUGAUCUUAAUGUUAUGUUCAUUGAAACUAGUGCCAAGGCUGGGUUCAACAUAAAGGCACUUUUUAGGAAAAUUGCUGCAGCCUUGCCAGGAAUGGAGACACUUUCUUCAGCAAAGCAAGACGACAUGGUUGAUGUCAAUCUUAGAACUACCAACUCAAAUACUAAUCAGGCCCAACAACAAUCAGGAGGAUGUGCCUGUUGA